UUGGAGAUUUUCAACCGAGACAUCCGGAGGCCAGUGGAGAAUUUCGUCUGGGAUCCCUUCAGAGUCCAGGAAGAGUAGCUGGUCUCGCGCGCACGAUGGCCUCGGUGCUGAUCUAUAUAAACAAGUUCAAGAACUUCGUGAUUUUGUUCUUCACUCCGCUACUGCUGCUACCACUCAUCAUUGUGAACCCCGCAAAGUUUGUCAGGUGUGCAUAUGUUGUCAUCCUCAUGGCCAUCUACUGGUGCACAGAAGUCCUCCCCCUGGCUGUCACCUCCCUCAUGCCUGCCUGCCUUUUCCCACUCUUCAAGAUUCUGGAUUCCAAGAAGGUAUGUGUGCAGUACAUGAAGGACACCAACAUGCUGUUCCUAGGUGGCCUCAUCGUGGCUGUGGCCGUGGAGCGCUGGAACCUGCACAGGAGGAUCGCCCUACGCAUGCUCCUCAUUGUGGGGCCCAAGCCCCCACAGCUGAUGCUGGGCUUUAUGUGCAUCACGGCCUUCCUGUCCAUGUGGAUUAGCAACACAGCCACCACGGCCAUGAUGGUGCCCAUUGUGGAGGCCAUGCUGCAGCAGUUAAAUAUGACAAGGACAGUCCAUCAGUCUCACCUGGAGGCUGUGGAGCUCAAGGAAAAGGACAGGAUCAGUGAGGUGGCAGGGAACCAAGAAAUUUUUGAAGACCCUGCCAUGGUGCAGCAGGAGGAAAAAAUCAAGAAGAAUGUGGCCAAGGGCUUGACACUCUGUGUGUGCUAUGCAGCCAGCAUUGGAGGCACUGCCACCUUGACGGGGACGGGACCCAAUGUGGUACUCCUGGGCCAGAUGCAUGAAUUGUUUCCUGAGAGUAAAAACACCGUGAACUUCGCCUCUUGGUUUGGAUUUGCCUUCCCCAAUAUGGUGAUAAUGCUGCUGCUUUCCUGGUUAUGGCUCCAGUAUUUGUUUAUGAGAUGCAAUUUUAAAAAAGACUGUAUCUGCGGGGCUGAAAAGAGUGAAAAUGAGAAGGCUGCCUACAAUGUGCUGCAGGAGGAAUACCGGAAGCUGGGGCCCGUCUCAUUUGCUGAGCUCAAUGUCAUGAUCUGCUUCACCCUGCUGGUUGCCCUGUGGUUCUCCCGUGAGCCUGGCUUCAUUUCUGGCUGGUUGUCAAUAGCCUGGAAAGACAGUGAUACAGAGUAUAUCUCUGAUGCCACUGUGGCCAUCUUUGUGGCCCUCUUGCUAUUCAUUGUGCCUUCGCAGAAGCCCAAGUUCAAUAUCUGCAGCCAGACUGAGGAAGAAAAGAAAAUUCCAUUUUAUCCCCCACCACUGCUGAAUUGGAAGGAAACCCAGCAGAAAGUGCCCUGGGGCAUUGUGUUGCUCCUGGGGGGUGGAUUUGCUCUGGCUAAAGGAUGCGAGGCCUCGGGGCUGUCCGACUGGAUGGGGAAGCAAAUGGAGCCCUUGCAUACAGUGCCUAUGGCAGCCCUCACCUUGAUCUUGUCUUCUAUUGUUGCUGGGUUCACUGAGUUCACAAGCAACGUGGCCACCGCCACCCUGUUCCUGCCUAUCUUUGCCUCCAUGGCACGUUCCACAGGCAUCAAUCCGCUGUGUGUCAUGCUGCCUGGUACUCUGAGUGCAUCUUUUGCCUUCAUGUUGCCUGUGGCCACCCCACCUAACGCCAUUGUGUUUACCUAUGGACACCUCAAGGUUACAGACAUGAUGAAAGCGGGACUAAUGCUGAACAUAAUUGGAAUCCUCUGCGUGUUCUUGGCGGUCAACACCUGGGGACGGGCCAUAUUUGACUUGGAUCAGUUCCCUGACUGGGCUAAUGCAACUCACAUUAAAUCUUAGGAAGAGCUGCAAGACACAAGGACCCAGCCUCUGCAUCUUGAAGACUCCCGAAUCUCCUGGAACACCCUGUAGCAGAGCUUUAGGGCCAAGCCUGAGCUGACCCAGUAAUGCCCACACCCCACCAAGACCCAGCCAAAAGACCACCUCCUUCCAAGCCCAGAUUCAGCCAUAGGGAUGGGCAGCAGGAGGGCAGGCUUGGAAGUCAAAGAAAGCCCCUGAAAUGGCUGCCAGGGCCUUUCUUUCCUAGGGUCUCUAUUGGCCUUUCUUGGGACAGGCAGGCUGCAGACAGACUGGGACUCAGUCUCCUGUAUCCAUUCAGCCUAGAGCAGCCAUCACACUAGCUCUAUGUGGGGCCCUGAUUUCCUUUUGCUUAGUUCUAGGGAAUCAGACCCCAGAUUGGGAGAUUGGAGGUGAGAAAACAUGGUGCCCAUGUUUCUUCCAGCUCACCUUGGACUGCCUUAGAUCAUCUCUGUCACUCUAAAGGGGCCAGUCCAGCUCAGGGACAGAACAUCUGGUCAUGGGCAGCUUCCCACUGCUGGAGUGAGGGUGGGAAUCAGAGCCAGUCCUGGAGACUCUGGAGCUCCUAUGGAAUCACCACCAAAGGAUGAGGAGUUUGAGUUGUUAACUUCAGGAUGACACCUGCCUUCCUGCCCACAGUGCACCACUGACCAACCUGCUCCCCUCCUUACUUUAUUUCAUUUUAAUCAAUAAUUUGGAACCCUUCCUGAUUAGAGGCCCCAGACACCUUCAGCCCUAGGUCCUUUUGUUGUCUGGGUCAACAUUUGCUGAAAGCCCUGGCAGGGGCCCUCUAGCAGGUCAGUUUAGCUUUUCUGGGAGAUGCUUUUUCUGCCACUGUCAUGCAGAUGGGAUCAUACUCCAUGUAUGGGCCAUGGCUGGGUAUCCAGAGGGCCACAGUGAGGUAUCUAGGUCCUCCCUCAGCUGCAGACCCUGAGAGUUUGGGCUCCUCUGGAGAAAGCCUUCCCUUGGCCAACUGGCCUUCACAGCCAUGCCUCAUGGCAAAAGAGUCUCCCUGAGAGUAAGCAGGGGUUGGCAGUUCCUAUGCAGAUAGCCCCAGGCCAUGAAUGAAUCUACCUGAAAUUACUGGGGCAAAGACUCCUGAGUGGCUGUGGGAAGAUGAGCCUCAGAACUCCUUGUGGGAGAGAGACAGGAUGAUCACCCUCCUGUUCCAACCUCAUUUUCUCUCUUAUGAUAGAUUUACACGAGGUCCACUGAUAGCAUUUUUCAGGGCAGGAAAGUGUGGGAAUACAAAGAAACCCCACCAAAGACUAAGUGUGUACCUACUUUCCUUGACUGUCAAGGUCAUGCCCUCAUUAAAUGCUCUGUCUUACAUGGAAA